AUGAGCAUAACCAGCGACGAGGUGAACUUCCUGGUGUAUCGCUACCUCCAGGAGUCAGGUUUCUCCCACUCGGCGUUCACCUUCGGCAUCGAGAGCCACAUCAGCCAGUCGAACAUCAACGGGACACUGGUGCCACCCGCCGCCCUCAUCUCCAUCCUGCAGAAGGGACUGCAGUAUGUGGAGGCCGAGAUCAGCAUCAACGAGGAUGGCACGGUGUUCGACGGCCGCCCCAUAGAGUCCCUGUCGCUGAUCGACGCCGUGAUGCCCGAUGUGGUGCAGACGAGGCAGCAGGCCUUCCGGGAGAAGCUGGCGCAGCAGCAGGCCAGUGCGGCGGCGGCGGCGGCGGCAGCAGCAGCCACAGCGGCCACAACAGCCACGACGGCCACGGUGACUCCAGCAGCGGUUUCCCAGCCCAACGCCCCAAAGAACGGGGAAGCCACGGUGAACGGGGAGGAGAACGGAGCCCAUGCCAUGAAUAACCACUCGAAGCCCAUGGAGAUCGACGGGGACGUGGAGAUCCCGCCCGGGAAGGCCACGGUGCUGCGGGGCCACGAGUCCGAGGUCUUCAUCUGCGCCUGGAACCCCGUCAGCGACCUCCUGGCCUCGGGGUCCGGGGACUCGACGGCGCGGAUCUGGAACCUGAACGAGAGCAGCAACGGGGCGUCCACCCAGCUGGUGCUGCGGCACUGCAUCCGCGAGGGCGGCCACGACGUGCCCAGCAACAAGGACGUGACCUCGCUGGACUGGAACAGCGAGGGGACGCUGCUGGCCACAGGCUCCUACGACGGCUUUGCGAGGAUCUGGACGGAGGACGGGAACCUGGCCAGCACCUUAGGCCAGCACAAAGGCCCCAUCUUUGCCUUGAAAUGGAACAAGAAGGGCAAUUACAUUUUGAGCGCGGGUGUGGACAAAACCACCAUAAUUUGGGAUGCUCACACGGGAGAGGCCAAACAGCAGUUCCCGUUUCACUCUGCCCCCGCCCUUGAUGUGGACUGGCAGAACAACACCGCCUUCGCCUCCUGUAGCACCGACAUGUGCAUUCACGUCUGCAGGCUCAGCUGCGACCGCCCCAUCAAAACCUUCCAGGGACACACGAACGAGGUCAAUGCCAUCAAGUGGGACCCAUCCGGCAUGUUGCUGGCGUCCUGCUCUGACGACAUGACAUUAAAGAUCUGGAGCAUGAAGCAGGACACGUGUGUCCAUGACCUGCAAGCUCACAGCAAAGAGAUCUACACCAUCAAGUGGAGUCCCACCGGGCCCGCCACCAGCAACCCCAGCGCCGGCAUCAUGCUCGCCAGCGCUUCGUUCGACUCCACGGUGCGGCUGUGGGACGUGGAGCGCGGCGUGUGCAUCCACACGCUCACCAAGCACCAGGAGCCCGUGUACAGCGUCGCGUUCAGCCCCGACGGCAAGUACCUGGCCAGCGGCUCCUUCGACAAGUGCGUGCACAUCUGGAACACGCAGAGUGGGAGCCUGGUCCACAGCUACCGAGGCACGGGUGGCAUCUUCGAGGUCUGCUGGAACGCCCGAGGGGACAAAGUGGGCGCCAGUGCGUCCGACGGCUCCGUGUGUGUGUUAGAUCUGCGCAAGUGA